CUCUGUCUCCGUCUUCUCUCUCUCUUUCUGUCUCUCUCCUUCUCUCUCUCUCGGUGAGGAGGAUGUCUAAGCCCCAGAAUGGUGAGCCAGGCAGCCCAGCAGGAGCCCCAGCAGCAGAUGAUCCAGAGGUGGUGUUCCAGGUGCCUGGUCCAACCGUCUCCUUCUCUAGACUACACUACUCUGUCAUGGAGAGCAAGGGACUCUGCCACAAGACAGGACCUGAGAAACACAUCCUCAAAGAUGUCAGCGGCAUCAUGAGACCAGGGAUGAACGCCAUCAUGGGGCCAACAGGAAGUGGAAAAACAUCUCUCCUGGAUGUGAUAGCAGGUCGUAAGGACCCAGCAGGGUUGAAGUUUGGUCAGGUUCUGAUCGAUGGGAAGAUGGUGACCUCUGACCUCCGACUCAUAUCUGCCUACGUGGUGCAGGAUGAUAUAUUGAUGGGAACCCUGUCAGUGAGAGAGAACUUGUUGUUCAGUGUGAACCUGAGACUAGACCCUAGACAUUAUUCUACAGCUGACAAACAGCAGAGAGUGGACAGCAUCAUAGAUGACCUGGGUCUACAGGACUGUGCCCACACCAAGAUAGGAACAGAGUUCCUGCGUGGUGUGUCUGGGGGAGAGAGGAAGAGGUGCAGCAUCGGUAUGGAGCUCAUUACUUCUCCUCGUCUUCUGUUCCUGGAUGAACCCACCACUGGCCUGGACUCUAACACUGCUAACCACAUCAUCAACCUACUGCAUAGGCUGUCUAGAAGCGGUAAGACUAUCGUGUUCUCCAUCCAUCAGCCUCGUUACUCAAUCUUCAGCCGCUUUGACCACCUGACCCUGAUGCACCGAGGAGAGUUGGUGUACGCUGGAGCUGCUGGGAAGGCCCUGAGCUACUUCACUGACUUGGGGUAUCACUGUGAGCCGUUCAACAACCCCUCUGACUUCUUCCUAGACGUCACUAAACGGAGAGGCUCAGUCUACACUAGACAUCACUUCAUUUAACUAUGAUGAUAAGGAGAACUGUGACAACAGCAACCUUCUGGCAGUGAGCUACAGACAGUCAACUCAGUACCAGAGGGUGGUGGAGGAGCUGGACCAUUUGACCCAGGGUCUGGAGGGAG